UUUAACCUAAACCCUAGUCGCCGCUCACCUUACCCCCAGAUCUCAUCUGCCUCACUCUCCUCUCUAAGGUACCCCACUCCUACUUUCUAUUUUUUGCUCUACUCUCCCUCUUCCUUCGCCAUUCCUCUGCAUUAACAGGUAAGAUCUGUGAGUGAAAAACGUAAACCACACAAACCAGAAGUCGACUUUCGCAAGUGACAAAAAUGGACUUCUGUAAAGAAGAACAAGUUUCAGAAGUGGACUUUCGUAGGUCACGUAAAAACAUUAAAAAUGGCACUUACGAAAGUCAACUUCUGUAAGCCAUCAAUACCGGAAGUUGACUUCCGUAGUUAAAAAUGACUUUCGUGUUGAAGUGACUUCUGUAGAGAUAACGAUUUAGUGACUUUCGUAAGAGAGGCAUGACUUUCGUAGAGGCGUGGCUUGACUUCCGUAGAACGCUUCACUUCCGUAGAACGCUUCACUUCCGUAGAAGACGCGACUUCCGUAGGCGUGACUUCGACUUCCGUAAUGACGUGGCGACUUUCGUUUACAUGGCUAGGACAAGAGGAGCACAUCGUGGUGGCUCAAGUUCUUCACAUGCUGAGGCUUCUAAGCAAGAGCCUAGGCAGAGACCUACUGCAUCUGUUCGCAAAAGAGGUAAGGGUCAUCAUAGAGAGAGUGGUCCAUCAUCUCAUGGAGAAGUUGGUUCAUCAACUGGUCAUGGAGAAGCUGCUCCAUCAUCAUCAACUCAUUAUACUAAUAUUCAUGAGGAGCAAGAAAAUAUAAUUCACCAUGAGGAGGUUGUUGCAGGGCAGGACCAAGAUGUUUUAGGAGGAUUUCCUAGAGGACCCGAGGAUACGUCUUUGUUGAUCGGAUUUGUUGAUCAUGUUGCAUGUCCUAUUUGGGAUGGCUAGGUUAGUAUUGUACUUUAAUAAUUUAUUUGUUGAAAUUGGUGGAUGAAUUUAAAAUAUUUGUGUAAUGGUUUUUAUUAGGACCGAGUGGACAUGAAGUUAGUGUCCCAUGGCAAGAAAUUUAAAAGAUCCGGAGUUUGUCAUGCAGUUGUUGAGCCAUUUGUUCAAAAUUCGGGGUUGAUGCCACUAUGUGAUAUAAUAUAUGAAUAUCCUGAUAAGGGUCUCAUACUAGCUUUUGUUGAGAGGUGGCAUAGAGAGACCAACAACUUUCAUCUUCCUUUUGGAGAGAUGAGUGUGACAUUAGACAACGUCUUUGUCCUUUUCCAUUUGCCUAUAGUUGGAGAGCUUUUAAGCAAUGAAGCAUUAGACUUUGAUGUUACUCUUGAGUGUGUGAUUGAUCUUUUAGGCGUUGAACGAUCAAAUGUGUCAUCUGAGUUGAAUCAUUGUCGCGGUCCCCAUGUAAGACUCAAUUGGUUGAGAGACGUCUACACUGAGUGUUGUGACAAUUAGCAGUGGUAGUUUGCGACACGGGCGUAUCUGCUACAUCUUGUUGGCUGCAACAUCUUUGUGAGUAAGAGCGCUUCCUCCAUCAACGUCUUGUACCUCAAUAUGUUUGCAGAUCUGCAGUCUUGUGGAAGGUUUGCAUGAGGAGUUGCUGCAUUGACACAUCUUUAUGAACAACUUAGCGAUGCCAGCCUUGCCCACACCAAGCAAUUAGUUGGAUAUCUUACUCUUUUACAGAGUUGGAUAUAUGAGCACUUCCUAGGAUUGGGAAGGAAGCAAGUACUGGAUAACUAUGAUGAACAGAAACCUCAGGUGAAGCGUUAUGUGACACCGAGACUGAAUUGUACUUUGGUUGAGGUUAGGGCACAAUUGGAUGCACUUACGUACGAUGGGGUCAUUUGGAACACCUACGCAACACAUCGGGUUGCU